AUGGACAACAAAAUUCAGAGGAUAGAGGAAGAGAUUAGGAAGGUUGAUGAGUUGGUAGGUAAUGGAGUGUAUGAUGGAACUAUGGAGGCUAGAAGAAAGGCGUUAGUUACUUGUUGUGAGAGGUGGUAUGUGAGGAAAGAGGUUCACUGGAAGCAGAUGUCUCGAUCUAGACAAGCAAAGGAUAUGGACAAGGACACUAGAUAUUUCCACAAUAUAGCGUCUGCAAGAAGAAGAAAUAAUAGGAUUGAUUCCCUGGUUGUUAAUGGCAGGCUGGUGAGGAACCAAGCUAGAAUAAAAAUAGCAAUCAGAGAGUUCUAUAAAGAUCUAUACCAUCAGGAAGCUUCUUCUGUGUUGGGAUUCCGAGAAGGUCUUGUGGAAAGGAUAGAUGAGGAAGACUCGGCGAUGUUGGAGGCAAUGCCGUCGACCGUAGAGAUCAGGGAGGCAGUAUGGGAUUGCGAGUCAUCUAAAGCGCCGGGUUAUGAUGGUUAUAACACGAAUUUUAUUAAGAGGUGCUGGGCGGGGAUUGGGUCUGAUUUCACGGCUACUGUGAUGGGAUUCUUCCAGACAUCCAGGUUACCAGCGGAGUCAAAUAUAACUUGGGUGGCGCUGGCACCUAAGUUUAUUGGUGCAAAGGAGAUCAAAGACCUGCGGCCCAUUAGUAUGGUGGGGUGUGUGUACAAGGUUAUCUCAAAGGUGUUAGUCAGGAGAAUGAGAUCAGUGAUGCCAGGUCUAGUAGGUGAGACUCAGAGUGCGUUCGUGAGGGGUAGAAAGAUCCAUGAUGGGGCUCUUAUAGCGUGUGAAACAGUCCAUUGGCUAAAAAGAAGGCAUAAGGAGGCAGCCAUAAUCAAGCUUGAUUUCCAAAAAGCUUAUGACAGAGUUAAGUGGAGUUUUGUGGAUAUGGUGCUGCAGAAGAUGGGGUUUGGGUGUAGAUGGAGAGCUUGGGUUAAGGAGUGUGUGACCACAACUUCUAUGUCAGUAUUGAUUAAUGGUUCACCUUCUAAACCGUUUAAGAUGGAAAGGGGUUUGAGACAAGGCGAUCCACUCUCUCCGUUCUUGUUUGUACUGGUUGUGGAUGUUCUACAUAGGAUGGUUGGCCAGGCAGUGAGGAACGGGCAAAAUGAGACCAUAAAGAACUACAAGCGGCUGCUGCGAUGGUUUGAGCUGAUGUCCGGACUUAGUAUUAAUUUUGAUAAGUCUAGUCUGAUUCCAAUCAACUGCGAGGAGCAAUGGGUACAACGAAUGUGCAGAUUGUGGGGUUGUAAGGAGGAUGCCGAAGGCGGUUGCGGACAAAUUAAUUUCCUUGCAGAGAAGGUUCCUAUGGAGCAAGGAAGAUGGCAGGCAUGGUAUGGCGCUGGUUCGAUGGAAGUUGGUGUAGGUCCCAAAGAAAUUAGGGGGUUAGGAGUUGGCGAUGCUAUGGUUCGGAACACUGCACUCUUGUUUAAGUGGUGGUGGAGGUUUGCUAAGGAAGAGUGUCCAUUGUGGAAAAAGGUUGUUUGUUCCUGUAAUAAUCUGAAACCGGAUGAGUUACUCUCCACUCAAGUGUUACAUACCAGAGGAGGCCCUUGGAAGGAUAUAUGUCAGAUACAGAUAACAGAUCAACUUUUAAGACAAAAGAUGAUUACAGGUCUGUCCAUGGAGGUUGGUGAUGGUCGUCGGACUCGAUUUUGGGAGGAUGUUUGGCUACAGUCUGGUGCCUUGAAAGAUCGGUUCCCCCGUCUCUUCUCUGUUUCAAACCAGUGUGGUUCUUUUAUUGGGGAGUGUGGGUUCUGGGAUGGGCUGGAAUGGGUUUGGAACUUCCUAUGGAGGCGAGAGCUCUUCCAGUGGGAGUUGGGGCUCCUGGGUCAGUUGCACGAGACUUUGCGACCUGUGAGGAUAGUAAAUACUAGGGAGGAUAGAGUGGUGUGA